UUUGAAAGCAAACAUGGCCAAGGCAGCGAACAAAGCAACGAGAAUAGUGGCGGCGGCGUCUACCAAGAAGACACCUCUGAACAAAGCAGCAGCCACCCCAUCGUCCUCUUUGUCGUCUUCUCGGGUCUUCUGGGGUCUCGCAGUAGUGUUUGGAUUGCUCGCUGCGUGGCUGCGCUUCCAAACUCGGUCGACGCAACAGCAUCAACACCAUGUGGGGAUGCCAACGUCGACUGCCCCCGCGCGCAUUCGAUGGAACGUCACAUGCUCCAAACAGUACCAGCCGUUCGUGCAAGGGUGCCACAAGCGGGCCAAGUGUGGCCGAGCGCUGCGCGACAACUUCGUCUCGCCAGCCGUCGUGGACGCGUUGCGCGAUAUUGCCGACCACGGAAUGCAAGGCCGGUCUACCCUCGGCGGCCCCACGAUCAUGGACAUCAACACUGGCUAUGUAAAGGACGGCAACGGACUCAUCAACUUGUAUCGGCAAGACCCGCCAGUGCAGUUCACCACGGAGCAAUACACUUUGUAUCGAGAUGUGAUUGAAAGCAUUCGCCUUGCGAUCAUGGACGAGUUCCGUCUGGCUACGCUAUAUUUCACAGCGCCGACAUUUCUCACCCGACUCAUUGGCAACGCAUCGUGGGUGCCGCAGGAAAUGCACGAUGAAUACUGGCACGCCCACGUAGACAAGAACAAUACUCGUCAUUACGACUAUUCUGGGCUGUUGUACUUGGCGGACUAUGGCGUCGAGUUCACGGGUGGCUUGUUUGCAUUCUUGGAUAAGGAUAAAAAUAUUACCGUGGAACCUGCACAAGGACGCCUCAUGAUGUUUACCUCUGGCAUGGAGAACUUGCACGAGGUCCGUCAAGUGGAAACGGGCGCCCGGUAUCUCAUGAGCAUGUGGUUCACAUGCGACUCUCGCAAACGAUUUCACAACUUUUUGGACGGCAAAACCCACGACCAGUACGACACUACGAGUUAGGACUGGCGAUAAACGGACGAAAUAGCUGGAAAUUAAUAAAAAAUGUGUGUCUGGACACGGCACAAACAAG